AUGGCCUCGCAGUCGAAACUCUCCCUGCCCGGAGACCGCACCCUCCGCGGCCUCGUCUCGCGCCUCACGGGGCUCUACGUCUCGAACCGCACCCGCAUCUCCCGCGCCGUCUGGAUCACCCUCUUUCUCGCCCUUGUCAACCGCAUCCGCCAUGCCAUCUCCGAGCAAAAGGCCGCCUCCGUACGCGAAGCCGCCAACCGCGCCGCCCGCCGCGGUACCACGUCGAGCGGCAGCGAGGAGACGCCUCGGAAGAAGGUCGAGCUGAAUCGCGACUUCUUCCGCUCCCUCCUGCGCCUGUUGCGCAUCGUCGUCCCCGGAUGGCGCAGCAAAGAGGCCAGGCUGUUGAUGAGCCACAGCUUCUUUUUGGUGGUGAGGACACUCAUCAGCCUGCGCGUCGCUGAGAUGGACGGUGCCAUCGUCAAGGCCCUCGUCAAGGGCAAUGGGAAGGAGUUUCUCAAGCGCAUCGUCUGGUGGAUGCUGAUUGCUGUGCCAGCCACAUUCACCAAUUCAAUGCUAUCAUAUCACCAAGCAGAGCUGUCGCUGAAGUAUCGGACACGUCUCACGCAGAACAUUCACGACAAGUACCUCUCUAAUUUGACCUUCUACGGCAUCUCGGCGCUGGAUGACCGAAUAAAGAACCCGGAUCAGUUGAUCGCCGUCGAUGUAUCCAAGUUCUCCAACAGCCUCGCCGAGCUCUACAGCAACCUGGCAAAACCCAUGCUGGAUAUGACCAUUUACACCUACUCUCUCUCCAAGAGCGUUGGUGGCGAGGGUGUCGUUUUCAUGUCACUCCUUGUGCAACUCUCGGCAAACGUCAUGAGGGCGCUGACCCCGCCAUUCGGCAAGUACGUCGCCGAUGAAGCUCGGCUCGAAGGAGAAUUCCGCUUCCAGCACUCGCGCCUCAUCGAUUACAGCGAGGAGAUUGCCCUCUACGGCGGUCACAGGGCAGAAAAGGAUACCCUCGACAAGGGCUACUUCACACUCAUUAAGCACGUUAACCACAUCCUACGGCGGCGCUUCUACCACGGCUUCAUGGAGGACUUCGUCAUCAAGUACUUUUGGGGUGCCCUGGGUCUGCUGCUUUGCAGUGGCCCUGUAUUCAUCAAGAUGCCAGGACACAUCGUUAUGAACAUGGGUGAUCGGACUGAGGCGUUCGUAACCAACCGACGCAUGCUCCUGUCCGCCUCAGAUGCUUUUGGCCGCAUCAUGUUCUCUUACCGGGAAGUUAUGGAGCUGGCAGGAUACACGUCUCGCGUUGCCACACUCCUUGAUGUUAUGGACGAUGUGCAGUCAGGCCAUUUUGAGAAGAAGCUCGUCUCGUCAUCAGGCACCGAGGGCAACGAGUCGGUCCUCAAGGGACGAGGAACAGUCCAUGAGAGCAAGGAUAUUACCUUCAUCGACGUGCCUAUCAUCUCCCCCAACGGUGACGUGCUUAUCAAGGCUUUGUCCUUUUCCCUGGAGCAUGGCGACCACCUCCUCGUCGUUGGCCCCAAUGGGUGUGGCAAGUCCUCCCUGUUCCGCAUCCUCGGCGGCCUAUGGCCCGUCUAUGGUGGCACUGUUCACAAGCCUCCAUUCCAUGCCAUCUUCUAUAUCCCCCAACGGCCCUACCUGUCCCGCGGCUCGCUCCGCCAGCAGAUCAUCUACCCCGACUCACUGCGCCAGAUGCGUACCCGCGGCGUUACUGACGCCGACCUGCUUGCUAUUCUCAAGACGCUUGGCCUCGACCACCUCGUCGACCUCUACGAGGAGAGCUGGGACGCCGAGGCCGAGUGGCGCGAUGUCCUCUCAGGCGGCCUCCAGCAGCGCGUCGCUAUGGCGCGCCUCUUCUACCACCGCCCCCGCUACGCUAUCCUCGACGAGUGCACCAGCAGCGUCACGCUCGACACGGAGAAGACCAUGUACGACACGGCAAAGGCCCUUGGUAUCACCCUCAUGACCGUCAGCCACCGCCGCAGCCUGUGGAAGUAUCACACCCACAUUCUGCAGUUCGAUGGACAGGGUAACUACGUCUUUACCCGCCUCGAUGCUGACCGCCGACUGAAGCUCGAGGAUGAGCGUGAGGAGCUCGAAGUUCGCCUGCGACAGGUGCCCGAACUUGAACGCCGAAUUGCCGAAUUGACAGCUGCAUGA